AUGUGCUCCAAGACGAGCCUGGAGGCCGUUUUAGCCGAGCAGCGGUCGAACCUCAACGGGUUGAUCACGCAGACCCAGCAGCUGGAAGUUCAGCAAGACAAGCUGGCAGAGGAUGCGAGGCACACGUCCUCGCUGCUGCGAGACCUCCGGCGAGAGCACCGCGAGCUGUUGAAGGACUUCACACAGCUGCGAGAAGAGUUCUGCGCCGUCAGGGACUGUUUGACUGCAGCCAAUGUUGUGACCAAGCCGGCAGUGAACCGAAACCUCAGCAGGCGGAGAGCCCCUAUGGUGCUCAAGAAAGUUCUCGAGGAGCCGGGUCUUUCCCUGACCUUCGGAUCUAUCGCAGGGGUGGUGGGAUGUCUCCGCGUCCGGGAGACUUCGAAGGGACUCUGUGGCGGAAUCAGCACCUGCCUGCCGCUGCUGCGGAAGCGGAUGCCUCCGGAAAUCUACGUGCUCGGCGGUAAGAACGACUCCUCUCCUGCACUGGCCACAGCGGAAUGCUUUAGCCCAUUGCAUGGAGAGUGGCGGAGCCUGCCACCCAUGGCCGCUCGGCGCUAUGGCUGCGCUGCCGCCACAGUGAACGGACUGCUCUACGUGGUCGGCGGCCACGACGGCCACAAGGUGCUCGCAUCCGCGGAGCGGUUUGAUCCCACGAAGGGCUCUUGGAGUCGGCUGCCAGACAUGCCGACUCCCCGAUCCCGCUGCGCUGCAGUAUCCAUGCGAGGCUGCCUGCAUGUCCUCGGUGGCCGCACAUGUGACGGCCGGCCAAAUGCUGCUCUGCCCACGGAGCGUUUCGACCCGGCACGCGGCGUUUGGCAGGUUUUGCCGGCUUCGCCUCUCGCACAUCUCGGCUGCGCUGCUGCUGAAGUAUCCGGAUCCAUCUACGCCGUAGGCGUCAGUGCCGAUCGCAGCAUGAUCGUCGAGCGUUUUGACCCGACCAGUGGCAGCUGGUCCACGCUCUCGGCUCAGCCCAGGCACCGCUUUGGCGUAGCUGCCGCUGCGGUCGCAGGGGCGUUGUAUGUCGUUGGAGGGCACAACGGUCAGAAGGCAGUGGCCGAGCUGGAGCGAUGCGAGCUCCGCAGCGGCGCCAAAGCUCGCUGGGACUCCCUGCCGCCUGCGCCCACACCAAGACACGGUGCAGCCGCCACUGCCGCGGCAGGGGCUUUGUACAUCGUCGGCGGUGACGAUGGACAAUCCCUGGCGAGUGUGGAGCGCUUUGACACUGCAGCAAAGCAAUGGUGUCGGCUGCCGCCCUUACCCACGGGUCGUUUUGGCUGCGCUGCAGCCGCGGCCUGGAGAUGA